GGAGGGAGGGAGUGAAGGAGUGAGUGAGAGACAGGGCUUCCUAUCAUUAUAACCCGCUGUGUUAGUCACCGUGUUAAAGCAGGAGCCUGUCGGGGAUUGGGAAGGCGACGUAAAUCCUUCUCGGAGUAAACAGGAGUGUCUCCAAACUUUUUCCACAUGUGUGUCAAACGGGUUCUUCACUUCCUCCUCUUCCUCCCGGUGUUGCUCUUCACUUCAGGAUGGCAGGGCGUGGCUGCGAUGCAAGUGUACACGUCGGGUCGCGUGCAGGCGGUGAACGGCACGGACGUCCGGUUGAAGUGCACGUUCCAGAGCUCGCACCCGAUCAAACGCUCGACUCUGACCAUCUCCUGGAGUUUCAGGCCUCUCCGCCCCGGCAAUGAGGAGACUGUGUUCUACUUCCAUGAGAAGGCGUUUCCUCCAAGCGAGGGUCGUUUCCAGAAGAAGGUGGUGUUUGUGGGGGACGUUUUGUCGAGUGACGCCUCCAUCUUGGUCCGGGACGUGAUGUUCAGCUACAACGGGACAUUCAGCUGCCAGGUGAAGAACCCGCCCGACGUCCAUGGGAAUGUUGGAGAAAUUCAACUACGGGUCGUCGCUUCAGCUCCUUUCUCUGAGAUCGUUAUUCUCGCCGUGGCCAUCGGCGGUGCUGUGCUGCUGGCGAUCGUUAUCCUGGCCAUCUGCAUGUUCGUACGCCAGUGUCGGAAAAUGAAAAGGAUGGAGCAAGAACGAGUCCCUCAAGAACGAAAAGACCUUGUGGUAUGGUGAGAGACGCAGCGACGAAUGGGGUGGAGGAACGAAAGUGAAGGACAAUGUGACGAUAAAGGGAGAGCAUGUAUUCAUCAAAUCUGCACUUCCUCUCCAGUGCCCCCUCUGGCAUGGAUGUGCUGUAUGUGUGUAUUGAUUUUGUUACAUGGUGUGUGUGGGAGAGAGAGAGAGAGAGAGAGAGAGAGAGAGAAUGUGUGCCUUCUAAUACUGUUUCCAAUACACUCUUAUGGACUCAAAAGUCAAUUCAGCUGAAAUAGAUUUGACCUUGACAGCAAGGACAAUGCACAUGAAGCGAUUUGCUAUCAUAUUAAGCUGAUAUAAACACCAUGAACCACUGUUUUUUUAUCUACUUGUACACACUUGAUUUCCUUACAAUCCUACUGGCACACUGUUUAGCUAAUUUUAUUACCAGCCAGCAGAGUAAAGCAACAAAAAGUCAUAAUUACAUCUAUAAAGUGAAUGCAGCUUGUUAACUACAAUGCCAAGGAUUGAGGAUUAGCCUUUACUAUAACGCUAGUUAAUAAGUCGUGCUACCUUCAUACCAUGUGCAAAAAUUCAGAAGGAUGGAAAAACCUCCCUAUUAUUGAACCUCAUUUAAGUAUAAUGCUAGUUUCUGGGUUAGCCUGUUUACUAUAAUGCUAGUUUGUGGAUUAGCCUGUUUACUGUAAUGCUAGAUUGUGGAUUAGCCUGUUUACUGUAAUGCUAGAUUGUGGAUUAGCCCGUUUACUGUAAUGCUAGUUUGUGGGUUAGUCUGUUUCCUGUAAUGCUAGUUUGUGGUUUAGCCUGUUUCCUGUAAUGCUAGUCUGUGGGAAUGGAGAGGGGAGGAAUGUAACAGUUUGUCUGAUAGUGAUGACUUUAAUAAAAUCGAUAUGCCUUAUAUUACACUGUAUACUGUAUAAGCUUUAUGUAUGAUUUAAUUCAUAUUUUAGAAUCUUUUGUUUAAUUCUAGCUACUCUGCAAAAACACUGCCGCACAAUUCCACCCCUCUCUCUUUUGGACACCAUGCUGUUUUUAAUCUCGCUCUUUUUUUUGGCAAGCAAAAUCAGGAGGCCCCCCCCCUUCAUCCUGCACAGACGGGGAGGAAAAGCUAUUACUUUGUCUUUACUUCAGAUUUCUUCAGCUUUCUUCGUUUAAUUUGUUUUGUGAUUUUGUGUAAAUGAUUCCCCUGCUGAAAAAAACAGCUAAAACCAGCCUAAGCUUGUUGGCUGGUCUUAGCUGGUCUCCCAGCCUGGUCUUAGCUGGUAGAGCAGGCUGGUUUUAGAGGUGUUUUGGCCACUUUUAUUUUAGCUGGUCAGGCUGGUCUUAGAUGUCUUAGUUGGUCAGUGUUGGUCCCAAAUUUUUUGAGACGUCCUGUGGCCAUCACAUUCAAAAUUACCUUUUUUUUUUUUUUUUUCUUAAAAUGGUACAUUUGCUCAGUUUAAACAUUUGAUAUGUUUUCCAUGUUCUACUGUGAAUAACAUAUAGGUUUGUGGGAUUUGCAAAUCAUUGCAUUCUGUUUUUAUUUACAUUUUACCCAGCGUCGCAACUUUUUUGGAAUUGGGGUUGUAAAUGGGAACUAAUUGCAGGUAGGAACUAAAGUUGUAAGCGGGAACUGAAGAAACGUCACACCACACAUGCCAUAGGAUUGGUCUGAGGAAUCAUUCAAGCCAAUGGAGGAAACUGGAGUACCUGGAGGAAACCCAGGGACCCUGGAGCUGUGACUCCUUUGUGCUAAGUACUUUUUUUGGUAUAUAUUAUUAAUAAAAAUGUGGGUCCCUUAAUCGAGAAACACUGUAUCCGAGCACGCAUGAGAGUGCUGAGUGUGCAUGUGCACUGCGAUUAGUCAGCAUGAUUUGUUUUUCAGCUCCGUGCCUGAACUGGCACCUCGCAGCUUUGAAAUUGAUAUAUAUCUUUUUAAUUU